AGGCCUUGAACCCAACAAAUAUUUAGCGCCAUGCGGAAUAAACUAGGAGUUGGAAGAUUGCGCCAAAAAUGAAACUGGGCGAUGCUUACAAAACUGCACCGCUAUCAGAAAAUUUCCCCAGUAAUGCUCAGAUAACGAACUGCAGGAUGAAUAAGCGCAAGCGUUGCGACGAUUGUGCUUCGGACUGUGUGAAGCACCUGCCGCUCGAGAGUCACGACAUGGAGCGGGACGUGCUGGAGGAGAUGGGGCUGAGCAUCAUCGAGGAUGAGUUGGAUGUGCGUAAGAGUGAAGUGUCGCUGGAUGGGGUGGAAGAGGUGGUUUCGUUGGUGUGCAAUGGUGAUGCACCGGUCUGCGAGGCCAGUGGGAAGCAGGGUGUGAAGCCAGCUCCGCCCGACAGUUUCUUCCUCUACCGACGGAAAAGACAGGAAAGCUCAGGAGGGGACUGCUUCUCCUGCCUGUCGGAUGAGCUGGUGCUGAUGGUGUUCAAGCACCUACCCAAGCGUGCUCUGGUGCGGUGUGCGCUGGUGUGCCGGCGCUGGCGGCGAGUGGCCUAUGACGAGACGCUGUGGGCACGUCUGGACCUGGGGCUGCGCACCGUGCGGCCGGGCAGCUUGUCCCAUGUGUUGUCGCGUGGGGUUACCACACUGCGUCUCGCCCAGGCAGAGCUCAUCGAACCAGUUUUCCUGAAUGACAAUUUGUACCCUGUGAGGAAAUGUAAACUUCAGUUUCUAGAUCUCAGCAUGGCAGUGAUAUCAGACAGAGGGCUUGCCGAGCUGCUCCAGGCAUGCCGCCAGCUACAGAAGCUGAGCCUGGAGCGGUGCGCGCUCACGGACGAGGUGUGCGCAGCGCUGGGAGCCAACCACGGCCUCGAGGUGCUCAACCUGUCCUCGUGCGCGGGGCUGAGCACGGCCGGGCUCACGCUUCUGCUCACCGGCUGUCGCAAGCUGAGCGCGCUCAAUGUGGCGUGGACGGGGCUGUCUGAAGAGGCGCUGUCUUGCCUGUGCCUCAAGCUGCCAAGCUCUGUGCACCGGCUGAACAUCAGUGGCUGUCGCAAGAACCUCUCUGACAAGCACGUGGCAGACCUGGUGGUGACGUGCCCCGGCCUCACAGAGCUGGACGUAAGUGACUGCACCUCUCUUACACCCGAUGCCAUCGACCACGUGUGCAAGCUGCCGCGGCUUGAACACUUGGCGGCCAGCCGUUGCUACAGCAUCCCCCCCGCCACCUUCCUGUCGCUGUCGAGUGUGGGGUCGCUUCUGUACCUGGACGUGCUUGGCAUGAUGGGAGACAAGUGCCUGGCCGCGCUGCAGACCCACCUCUCGCGUGUCGAGGUCAACAAGUUCCUGUUCUCGGCUGUAGCGCGCCCCACUGUCGGUAGCAAGCGCACCAGCAUCUGGAACCUGCGUGUGCGCGAUUGCUAACUCGCCAACUCCCACUUCAACCUCGCGUCCCUAGGGUUGUGCAACUGAGGUUUUCUAUCCCUUCAAAUAAAUUAAUCUACAGUAACACUUGUUAGGCUCACUCCCAAUCCCCAUGUUAGUUAUUCAUCUUGACAUAAAAUCUUUUAAAGUCUGUUACUGUAAAUUGGUCACUAAAGCUCUUCUGGAUUUGUUCUUUGUUUGUAACUCAUGCUUCUGUAGAACAAAAAAAAAUAUUUAUCCUAUAUUUAGUGAUGAAACUUCUUACAGGGGAACAAUAUUCCUAUGCUUCAUGGACUGGGGUAACUAUUAUGACAGUUGUUUUGGUGUGUUCUGUUGUCAGAUACACGCCAUUUAGGACAAAAGUUUCAGACUCAACUUUUUAAUGUAAUGAAAAUUUGUUUCUUGUAAGGAAAAACACGGGGUGAGAAUGGUUGGAAUACAUUUUCCUGAUGUAGUUUAUCAAGAACAUUAUCUGAUUUUUUUUAUUUCUAAGGAGAUGUAAUUGAAAGAUGCCAUCUUGGUUUCAAAUAUUUGUGUUAACAUUACUCAAUUUUUAUGAAGUUUGUCUCUUUUCAGCAUUGCACAUACUUUCAUGGAAUGCCUUGUUAUUAAUAGUGAUUGACUGUUACAAAUUGUUUCUACUGUAAAAUAAUAAUGGGUAUUAAGCUAAGUAUUAACUAAAAAGGAUAUUAUGAAACCAUUUUUUCAAUUCAGAUACAGUCAAACCUCU